ACAGAAGAGUUGUUGGUUAGACUGGGUAAUAUGACUUGGGGAUAGCUGAGUGUGAGCUCAGUGUUUUGAAACCAUGGAAAUUUGGUUCCAUGUGGCUUUGUGUAGACUUAAGCACUUUUGUCAAGCAAAACAAACUAGUUGUCUGUCUGAAGAAGAGUCUGUUUUCCCUGUAGCAUCCUUGUUUCCCAGACUGGCAGUGUAAGUGGGUUAUUUUUUGAGAUGGCAGUGAAGGUUUCUGCAGAGUAAGAGUAGGACACUUCAGGACAUUAGCAUCAAAGGGUUAAAAAAAGGAGUUUCAUUCUAUACCAGUUAGUUGGGUAACUAUUUCCAAGUUUUGAGUCCUGUUUCAUUAUUAAUCACUCUGCUUAUAGUGUUCAGAUGCAUUUCUCAUGACUGAUAGAUGAUCAGAUGUUUUAAUCACCUGUCUUUUCUCCUGCUUCAGCCUCAAGGAAUAGGUUCACCCAGUGUCUACCACGCUGUUAUUGUGAUCUUCUUGGAGUUUUUUGCUUGGGGACUCCUGACAGCUCCCACACUAAUGGUUUUGCAUGAAACCUUCCCAAAACAUACAUUUCUAAUGAAUGGUCUAAUUCAAGGAGUAAAGGGCUUAUUGUCAUUCCUCAGUGCCCCACUCAUAGGUGCCCUGUCUGAUGUGUGGGGACGAAAGUCCUUCCUGCUGCUAACAGUAUUUUUCACCUGUGCACCAAUACCACUAAUGAAGAUCAGCCCAUGGUGGUACUUCGCUGUAAUCUCUGUGUCUGGAGUUUUUGCAGUGACGUUUUCUGUAGUUUUUGCAUAUGUAGCAGACAUAACCCAAGAACAUGAAAGGAGCAUGGCCUAUGGUUUGGUUUCAGCGACGUUUGCAGCAAGUUUAGUCACCAGCCCUGCUAUCGGUGCCUACCUUGGCCGAGCGUACGGCGACAGCCUGGUGGUGGUGCUGGCUACAGCAAUUGCCUUGCUGGACAUUUGCUUUAUCCUCGUUGCUGUACCCGAAUCGCUGCCAGAGAAGAUGAGGCCAGCGUCCUGGGGAGCACCCAUUUCGUGGGAACAGGCUGACCCCUUUGCAUCCCUGAAGAAAGUCGGCCAGGACUCCAUUGUGCUGCUAAUCUGCAUAACAGUUUUUCUUUCCUACCUCCCAGAGGCAGGCCAAUAUUCCAGCUUCUUCCUAUACCUCAGACAGGUAAUGGGAUUUUCAUCUGAAAGUGUUGCAGCAUUUAUAGCAGUCCUUGGGAUUCUUUCCAUUAUUGCACAGACAAUAGUGUUGAGUUUACUGAUGCGGUCCAUUGGAAACAAGAACACGAUCCUGCUGGGCCUGGGCUUCCAAAUCCUGCAGCUGGCCUGGUACGGCUUUGGCUCAGAGCCAUGGAUGAUGUGGGCAGCCGGCGCCGUGGCCGCCAUGUCCAGCAUCACCUUCCCCGCUGUCAGCGCCCUGGUCUCACGAAGUGCUGAUGCCGACCAGCAGGGUGUUGUUCAAGGGAUGAUUACAGGAAUUCGAGGACUGUGUAAUGGUUUGGGACCAGCGCUUUAUGGUUUUAUAUUCUAUAUAUUUCACGUGGAAUUGAAUGAACUGCCCAUGCCCGAAUCAUCAGCAGGAGGUAGUGUGGUUGCACAGUACCACUUACAACAGAAUUCCAUCAUUCCUGGACCCCCGUUCUUAUUUGGAGCGUGCUCUGUGCUGUUGGCACUACUUGUUGCCUUGUUUAUUCCUGAACACACGAACCUAAAUGUAAGAUCCAGCAACUGGAAGAAACACUGUGGAAGCCACGGCCAUCCCCACAGCCCACAAGCUCCUGGUGAAGCUAAAGAACCUUUACUGCAAGAUACAAAUGUAUGACAAAAAUUCAGGAGCACCGUUUGGACUCUUCUUUCAUCAGCAGUUUGGGAUACACAUUCCAACUCCAUCACAAUGUAAUUUCUUAAGGUAAUCUUAAGAAGUGUUUUUCUGCAUGAAAUCUGUAGGAAUUGAAACAGGAACUUUCUCCAAAGAUGUUGCCAUUGAACUAAAAUCUUACUUGCUUUUAUAAACUGUUACAUACUUGUCUCUUGCCAUGAAAUACUGUUACUGCUAAACUUUACAUUCUAGAUCAGAGACAAACAAUAGAGUCAAGGCAUGAGCAUGUGUCCUUCUGUUUCCUUACGGUGGUGAGCUUUAAUUCUAGUCAUGCUACGUCUCAAUGAGACAGACUGGCAUCCAUGUAGACCCAUUCGUUUUAAUGUUGUAAAAUCUUGGGUCAGCUGAUUCAAAGCCUUAAUGUAAAUGUACUUAAGUAAGGAGGUGAAUUGGUAUAAUUUCUUUUAAAAGUCACAUGGCAGGUUUUUUUAAGUUUGUACUAAUAUAAAAAUCACACGAGCACGCUUGCUGAACAGUAAAAGUUAUUUUUAUGUAAGUGCAUUUACUCUUUCUAUUUUUGAAGAAACGGUCGUAUCAAACACUUGCUGACAUACAAAGUGGGUGUUUUGGGCCUACGGAUUUUAAUACUGGCUCUAAACCUCUGCUUUCCUCUGUACCGUUUAUGAAACCACUCUUAUUUCUGAUGUUUGCUUAAUCAUAAA